GCAAUGGGGAACGAAAAUGUACUGUUCACCACAUUGUUUUGGUCACACAAAAAGCAAUACCGACACUUUGUCUAGUACCGGAAGGCAGCAUCACCGCUCUAGCAGAUGAUUCUUUAGCUUGCUCUCCCGUAGCAACAUUCAGAGGACUUAUCAACGGAGACUGGCAACUGAUGAUACGACUUUUAUAAACGUUAACUCAGCAGCAACCCAUAUCAAGAAAAUGAUUCCCGAGUUGUCCAACCCAUCGGUGUGUAUGAAGGACCCUCAGAGGGUGCAGGAGAUCCUGCAGUCCAUGGUGAAGGCUGGCUCCAACACCGUGCAGGUGAUCUCAGAUUUUGACAUGACUCUGACAAGAUUUGCAUACAAGGGCAAAAGGUGCCCUACGUGUCACAAUAUUCUUGACAACAGCAAACUUAUCUCCAAUGACUGCAAAGCACAGCUGAAGGAGCUGCUCGACACAUACUACCCUAUAGAGAUCGACACGGCGCGACCAAUAGAAGAAAAGCUGCCCCUGAUGGUGCAGUGGUGGACUAAAGCUCAUGAAAUACUGGUGCAGCAGAAGAUUAGGAAAGACCUGCUGGCCACGGCGGUUCAGGAAUCUGAAGCCAUGCUGAGGGAGGGCUACCAGCUCCUCUUUGACCACCUGCACGAGCACAGCAUCCCUCUGCUCAUCUUCUCUGCCGGAAUAGGAGACAUCCUAGAAGAGGUUAUCCGCCAGGCGGGAGUUUUCCACUCCAACGUCAAAGUCUUCUCCAACUACAUGGACUUCGACGAGUCUGGAGUGUUGAAGGCUUUCAAGGGAGAGCUGAUCCACAUCUACAAUAAACGGGAAGGCGCUCUGCUCAACACCGGCCAUUUCCAGGAGCUGCGGACGCGGCCCAACGUGCUCCUGCUGGGAGACUCUUUGGGAGAUCUGACCAUGGCCGACGGCGUGCAGGACAUGGAAAACAUUCUCAAGAUUGGCUUCCUUAACGACAAGGUGGAGGAGAGGAAGCAGUCUUACUUGGACUCGUAUGAUAUUGUGUUGGUACAAGAUGAGACCCUGGAAGUCCCUAACGCUGUACUGCUCUACCUUACUGGCAAUAAGUAAACAGAACUGCUGGCUGUUUUGUAUUGUUCACUCCGGUGCCAUCAGCUGAGGUUGUAAGUGCCAUUAAAUGGCUUACAUCCUACUAAGAAUGUUACUUGAUUGUUUUACAAAAUGAUUCACAAGUCCAGUUUACAGCCACAGCUCACGUUCACCAUGUCACCCUUUGAUAUUUUCCUCAAUUGGCCUUCCGCUCAUGCUUACGGUUAAAGGUAUGUGUGAUGGGAGCCAGAUUUGCACCAUUUACCUACUUUUCAGCGUGUGUGUGUGUGUAUGUGUGUGUGUGUGUGUGUGUGUGUGUGGGGGGUUAUUUUUGUUUUUAUUUGGGGGAAGAAAUAAGAUAAUACUGUUCUUGUAAGUGGGUCUGAUUUUUUGUCUUCAUAUAGGAUGUCAUGAUAAAGGGAUAAAACGCACAACAUAAGUGGCAACACUUGACAUCUGGUUUUGAAACCGAUUCCUCACAUAAGCUCAUUACCAGCUAAUUUAAAACUUGAAACCUGAUCUUUUUCAAAAGUUUUAACGUUUUCUUACAGUGUCAAGUCUUCCAGUUUCUGGACUUAUUGUUAGUUUACAGUACAGGUUUAAGAUUAGAAUAAGUGGUCCUUUUUUUAAUGUGGUAGAGGUCACUGAAACUAACAUCUAUCUCAUAAGUGUUGGGGUAUUAAAAAGAAACACAAAAUUGUCAUAACUGUUGGUAUUUUUACAUAAAGUAACCCUCUGUCAUUUUAACAACAGUUGAUUCAAAAGUGUGCACUGCAACAAUCAUUUAAUACAGUUAAAUAACCACAGUUCAGUAAUACAGUAUCAAAAAAAAAAAGAUUUCAAUCACCAUAGGUGGUUAAAAUGCCAUGUUCAGUCAGUCUGAAAUGUAGUUUGAUUCUGUCGCACUUUUCAUACCUCUGUCUCCCCCAUUUCUACACUGUUGUCUGUCAUCAAAAAGAAAAAUGUAUAAUGAUCGUGUGAAAUAAAGUUUUCAUUUUACUACAAAA